UAUAGAUUGAUUGUAUUAUACAUUGAGAUGAAUUCUAUAAAGGAAUAAUUUAUCAUUUAAUUAACGUCAAAAUUUAUGACUUGAACAAAGUUGUUGAAAUUUUAUUCACACUUUCAUUAUCUCAUUCUUAUUGAAAUAUUCAUCCUUCAAUGAUUAUCAUAAUAAAAUAAUAAAAAGAUAAUACAAUCAUAACACUUAAACAAUGAUUUAUAUUCCUGGAUUAAUUGCAAUCAUUGUAUUCUAUCUAUUAAUAUUAUUUGUUGGAUUAUGGGCUGCACGUAAAGGAAAAACUAAUGAUUCUUCUGGAACUGAUACAGAAGAAGUAAUGUUAGCUGGUAGAAAUAUUGGUUUAUUAGUUGGUAUAUUUACAAUGACAGCUACAUGGGUAGGUGGCGGCUACAUAAAUGGAACAGCUGAGAACACUUAUAAUCCAACUCAAGGUCUUGUUUGGUGUCAAGCUCCAGUUGGAUAUGCGCUAAGUUUAGUAGUGGGUGGUUUAUUCUUCGCUAAUCGAAUGCGUACAUUGGGUUAUGUUACAAUGCUUGAUCCAUUUCAAAAUAAAUAUGGUGAGCGCAUGUGCGGUCUGCUUUUUAUUCCAGCAUUACUUGGUGAAGUAUUCUGGACAGCAGCUAUUCUAUCUGCACUCGGAGCUACAUUAGGUGUGAUAGUGGAUUUAGAUCAGAAAACUUCAAUCAUUCUAUCAGCUUGUAUUGCGUUGGUUUAUACAUUAUUUGGUGGAUUAUAUUCCGUUGCAUAUACAGAUGUUGUGCAGUUAUUCUGUAUAUUCCUUGGCUUGUGGAUUUCUAUACCAUUCGCUAUGGUUAAUGAAGCAACAGUGCCAAUUACACAAACAUGGGAUAAAUGGAAAGGUAGUGUUGAUCCAAUGGAUAGCUUCUUUUAUGUGGACAACUUAUUGAUGUUAAUUUUUGGUGGUAUACCUUGGCAAGUUUAUUUUCAGCGUGUACUAUCUUCAAAAACUGCAAAUCAGGCACGUAUUUUAAGCUUUGUAGCUUCAGUCGGAUGUUUUGCUAUGGCAAUUCCUUCAGUUUUAAUUGGAGCUGUUGGAGCAAGUACAAAUUGGACAAUGACAAAUUAUAAUACAACUUCAGAAUUACCGGGUACACCAGAAGAAAUGAAAUUAAUUCUACCAUUAGUAUUACGUUAUCUAUGUCCACCAUGGAUAUCAUUUGUUGGUUUGGGUGCAGUAUCAGCUGCUGUCAUGUCUUCGGCAGAUUCAUCAGUUCUAUCCGCUGCAUCAAUGUUUGCUAGAAAUGUUGUCAAAGCGAUAUUUUGGCAAAAAGCUAGUGAAAGACAAGUUUUAUGGAUAAUGCGUGCAAGUAUAUUUGUUAUUGGAGCAUUUGCAUGCUGGUUAGGUAUUAGUAUUCAAUCAAUUUAUGGUUUAUGGUAUUUAUGCUCAGAUCUUGUCUAUGUUAUUUUGUUUCCACAACUGAUUUGUGUUCUAUAUGUUAGAUUUUCAAAUACUUACGGUUCGUUAUGCAGUUAUUUGAUUGGUUUAUUUGUUCGACUAACUAGUGGAGAAAGUGUAUUGAAAUUGAGACCAUUAAUUGCUUAUCCUUAUUUUGUUGAUGAUCCAAAUGACUUUUAUCAACGAUUCCCAUGUAAAACAUUUGCUAUGCUAAUCAGUUUUAUAGUUAGUGUCUGUAUUUCCUAUAUCACAGAUAUUUAUUUUCGAGCUGAUUCAAAACGUCUGAAAUAUGAUUUAUUUCAUUGUUAUAAAGAACGUCAAUCCAUGACAGGUUCAAUACGUAUUGGGAAUCGUUUUAAUCGACCAUCAAUUAGAACUACACGAUUACCGCGUAAAGGUGAAAAAUUAGAAGUUAUUAAUGAUGAUAAUAUACAAGAAUUAGAAACAAUGCAAAUAGUAACAAGCGCUAUAACUGUAACUACAACUACUGUAUCUAAUGCAAACAAUCUAAACCCAUAUAAACCAGUGGAAAUAGUUUCAAUAAAUAAAUCAAUACCAAAGAAUAUCAAUGAUAGUCUUGAUUGAAAGUAAUUCACUCACUAUAAUAUUGGCAAGCAGUUUUCAAAAGAAUUACCACCAAAACCAUCAAAAAAGAACGAAAUCAUUUCUCUUUGCAUACAUUUAAACAAAUAGCUUACAAUAACAGAAAAUAAUAAUAAUAAUAAUUCCAUUUGUUAUUUUUUUUCUUUCAAAUGUAUUCCAAUCUGUUUAUUUAACAUUUCAUUUUAGCCUUUUUAUUUUGAUUGUUUA